GGGGUUACCUAAUUUUAAAUGUAAUCCUUAUCGACUUUGUACAAGUGAUGGAAUUACUUAUUCUGAAAAGUUUUCCACGUCGAGCUGGUUGGAUGUUAACUAUCUCCGGAAGAUUUCAUUUUAGUGUCAAAUCAAACAAAUCGAGAAAAAUAGAGCUGAAUAACCAAAUAAUAAUGAAGAAUGUUUAAAUGAUCUUAAUAGAGAAUUAGAUAAAAAAUGUCACGACAUCGUACUUUACGAAUGUAUCGUAAUUGCGAAUUCAUCGUAAACACGUGUUUUGAGUAACUGAGGUCAAUCAGUUUGGACAUCUUCGUGAAGUGUAAUUUAUGACAACAAUAUUUCUUGUUCCCGUGUUCCCGAAGUAACCAUGAUAAUGGUGCAGUGUGUAUUCUCAAAUCGAGCGUCUUUACGUUUGCAGACCUGUGCUAAAUGUUUUAAACAAUUAUCAAAAACAAAACUUCUUAAUUCUAGAACAAAUAACACGUGCAUUAACGUAUUACAAUAUCGUGAGUUGACAAUUUACAGUCAUUCAAGAAGUUGGGAUAAUCAACAUACAUCUUAUGUCAAUGUUAAACAAAAACAAUUAAGAUAUGCCAGUACAGAUGUUUCAAAAGAAAAUCGGUUCUUGUAUCGUGGGGAUUUAAAAGAUGCUAACAGGAUUUUAGUGAAAUUAGGAAGCGCUGUGGUAACACGUGAGGAUGAGUGCGGCCUCGCCCUCGGAAGAUUGGCCUCCAUCGUCGAGCAGAUAUGUGAGUUGCAGAAACAAGGUAAACAGAUGAGCAUGGUGACCAGCGGGGCUGUGGCGUUCGGCAAACAGAAACUCCGACGCGAGAUUCUAAUGUCGCAGAGCGUCCGACAGACACUCUCCGCCGGCGGAAAUUCUAUGGCCCCGUUUCUGGAGCCGAGGGCAUGUGCAGCGGCCGGACAAAGUGGUCUAAUGUCGUUAUAUGAAGCAAUGUUUGCGCAAUACGGGUUCAAGACUGCUCAAGUUUUAGUGAGUCACCGAGACUUCCAGAACGAGUUCACAAGUAAUAUAUUACAACAGACGCUGCACGAGCUUCUUUAUUACAAUAUAAUCCCAAUUAUCAACAUGAAUGACGCCAUUGUCUCCCCACCGGAAAUGAGUUCUGACGGCAUAAGCAAUGUAAAAGACAAUGACAAUCUAGCGGCUAGAGUUGCUGUUAAGAUGAACACGGAUCUGCUGGUGAUCAUGUCGAACGUGGACGGACUUCACGUUAACCCACCGGAAGUGGAAGGCUCGAGACUUAUCAAAACCUUUUCUCCGAAAGUAGACAUGGAGAACGUAAUGUUUAAAGGCAAAUCAAAUGUUGGUCUUGGGGGAAUGGAAUCGAAGGUAAUGGCGGCAACAUGGGCCCUAGACAGGGGCGUGUCCGUGGUUAUAUGUAACGGUCGGGAAUUUAGAGCUCUUACUAAUAUUGUGGAUGGUAAAAGUGUAGGAACAUUCUUCACUAAUGCAAAGUCUUCGAACAGCCCAGUAGAGCUGGAGGCCAUUCAAGCUAAAGAAGCAAGUAUGAAACUACAGUCAUUGAACCCCAGUCAAAGGCAGGAAAUAAUAGAACGAUUAUCUCAGCUGCUGAUUGAACGACGAGACGAUAUUCUCGCAGCCAACAGACGAGACUUGUUACAGGCUCAGUGUGAAGGGUUGUCAGAAGCGCUAAUAUCUCGUCUUGAACUUACACCAUCUAAGCUACAGACGCUGUCUACAGGGAUCAAACAGAUAGCGGAUUCUUCGUUGCAGACGAUUGGCCGAGUUUUACAGACGACAGAAAUAAGUGAAAAGAUGACCUUGAAAAAGUUGACGUCACCAAUCGGCGUCCUGCUUGUCAUAUUUGAAUCUCGUCCGGAUUGUCUACCACAGGUUGCCGCACUGGCAAUUAGCAGCGGAAAUGGUCUUUUGUUAAAGGGCGGAAAGGAGGCGUAUCAUAGCAACCAGAUGCUGUUUAGUCUUGUUCAGGAAGCGCUUGGCCUUCACAAUGUGACGAACGCUGUUGCCUUGGUCAGUAAAAGGGAAGAUAUUGAGGAUCUGUUGACCUUAAACGACUUCAUCGACCUUGUUAUACCGCGGGGAUCGAAUUCAUUGGUACGGACCAUCCAGCAGCAAAGCCAUGGUAUCCCGGUACUGGGUCACAGUGAGGGUAUAUGCCAUGUAUACAUUGAUAGUGAUGUUGACCAUGAAAUGGCCGCCAGAAUCGUUGAAGACUCCAAGUGCGACUACCCUUCAGCUUGCAAUGCCAUGGAGACGCUGCUGAUAAAUAAAUGUCACAUGACCAGUGGGCUGUUUGAAGAUUUGUGUGACGUCCUUAAAAGUAGACAUGUGCGUGUUUAUUCUGGACCCAGACUUCACUCGCUGCUCAAGUUUAGUCCACCAUUAGCUUCUUCAUUAAGUAAAGAAUACAGUGACCUUGAACUUACAAUAGAGGUCGUUGAUGACGUCAGUGAAGCUAUUAAUCAUAUCAACACGUACGGAAGCUCACACACUGACGUCAUUGUCACGGAGGAUGCUAAAAAUGCUGACAAGUUCAUAGAAGGGGUAGAUAGUGCUUGUGUUUUCCACAAUGCCAGUACAAGGUUCGCUGACGGUUACAGGUUCGGACUUGGAGCUGAAGUUGGGAUUAGUACAUGCAGGAUUAACGCCAGGGGUCCAGUGGGCGUGGAAGGAUUACUGACCACUAAAUGGAUACUGGAAGGAGGCGGACAAACUGUUAGAGACUUCAACGAAGGGACAUUUAAAUAUAUACACUCGCAACUAGCAUAAUAGACUUUAUUGAAUUUUAAAUUUCGUAUAAAAUCUAAAAGUUACCUUCUGGAUUUGAUACAGUAUGUAAACAUAUCAGGAAAUGUUAAUAGUUUAUGUCAUAGAUAUUUUCACGAUUGAUAAACAUGUCACAUAACAUGCAAUCAACCGUGGGUAAAAUGAAUCGAUUUGCGUCGAUAUACAGCAACAGGUGCGUAAAAUAUCUACCAAUAACAUCGCGUUUAACAAAUCUAUAUUCUUCAGCAGCGGAGGUUAAAAACAAUAAGAAACAAAAUGGCAGCGCCCACGGUUAAAUACUGUUGCACUUGUUUUGCUAAAAUCAAUGUCAAAAACUAUCGCCAAAUCAGUUCUUCUGCAAGCAGAUAUCAAUCAGAAAGGAAAACAUCACGCUGUAAAAGUAAAUUAUCUAUACUUUCUUGCUGAAAUCGUUUAAUUUUCCGAUGUUGAACUUUUCACGUCGUCUAUGGUUGUCGCAAUAUUGUUUGUAAUACCGAACGUCUUACAGAACGAGCGUUUUGAUUGGUUUUAAUCGCCUCAUGAAAUCGUGAGGCAGCCAAUGAAAUAGCUGCCUUUGACACACCCCUAAUCGACUGAAUAUCGGCAAAAAAUCCCACGGCAGAUCAAUGUUAAUGGUUCGGCCGUGGGUAUCCGACGAUGUAUGCUCUGUUCUUCUAGAAAAAAAUAUUUGUUGUCCUAAUUCUACCGGAUGCUGUUUUACCAUGGUAUUGCGUCAUGAUUUUAUACAACAUUUUAUCGUAUUAUUAUUAGAUAACGUGGGUACCAGAUACACUUAAUUAACAUGCGUAUUAAAUAAUGUAAUGAUUUUUAUCCAAGAGAGAAUGGCACAGACUGCUGAUUUAAUCAAUUAUGAUUACUGCUAUGAGUAAAAUUCGUGACGUUCUGACUGCAAAUAGAGCAUUGGUGUCGAUAUAUUGCCAUUAUUGCUUUUAUUGUAAUUAUUCCAUAGUAUGAUAAUUAAAAUCACGAAUUAGUUUCGUAUACCGUGUGUCGCGUGAUAAUCACACGAUAUAUAUUUACUUUAAGUUUAUUCAGUAAUCGCCAUUUCCUUUUGUUACGCCUUUUGUAAAUCGACGGCUCGAUUUUUUUUAUUAAAUUUAAACCGAUACAUCAAUCGAAAUUCCGAUGACUCGAAGUUUCUAUACAAGCCCACCUACUUUGUGUCAUCACCAUCGAUGUAAUAAUCAUAUGGUGGCUAAUUUGGUACACUUUGCGUGUUGCGUUGUCGAUAGCGACAACACAACCUAUAUCGUUACCGCCUUUUAGUCUUGUUGCUAGCGAAACGGGCCAAACGGCGCGUCGUCGCACUGUCGUCUUGUCAUUCUGUCGUUGCCGUGUGGCGAGAUGUCGCCAUUUCUCUUGGUUUAUAUAUAUACAAAUAGCCUUCUAUUUGAACCGAGCGACAAUGUGACAUCGCGACAACAUGCCGCACGACAACGCGCUGUUUUGCGUGCAGUGCGACAACGCGCCGUUUUGCUCUUUGUCGUGCUGUCGCUAGCGACAACACGAUGCAAG